AUGCGUCUCCUCAGGCUCGGGGCCGUGGUAUGCUCGAUCGUGUCUAUCACAGCUGCUUCUCCAACAUGCCCCAUUGACGGACCUGCUUUUCCUAAGCCUCUCCAACCGUCUAAGAGCGAAGCGAUUAAGGCCGCAGUGGCAACGCUGAAAGAUGUGUUUGCUAACGUCACUGCGAAAGCCCAGAAUUACUCUAUAUCAGUACAAGUCUUCUCGGCGAACGAGCCAGAACCUCUAUUCUCACUGUCACAUACAGCGCCGAACCUCGCACACCAGAAGAGUACAGGAGUUAAAAAGGUUGAUGAGAACACUGUAUUCAGACUUGGGAGCUUGACUAAGAUUUAUACGAUCUACUCAUUCCUGAUCAACGCUGGUGACAAGCUCUGGAACGAGCCAAUCACCAAAUAUGUACCAGAGCUUCAAGCUUUAGCAAAUCGAUCAGAUCCAGUAAACUAUGUGGCGUGGGAUGAACUUACCCUUGGAGGUCUUGCAUCACAAUUGACGGGUAUCCCCCGGGAAUAUGCGUUACUUGGAGAAUUGACACAGUCGAAGGAGACAAGAGACAAUGUGAUACAGUACGGAUUUCCACCUUUGACUCAAGACGAAAAGCCUCCUUGCGGAGCGUAUCCUACUUGCGACCGAGCGCAGUUUUUCAACGGGAUUAGUUUAUUCUAUCCAUCUCUGGCCCCUUUUCAAACACCGGCGUACUCCAACGUUGCAUUCCAGCUCCUCGGAUAUGCCCUCGAAACUAUAACAGGCAAGACCUUUCAGACGUUGAUGGAAGAGAGUGUGAUCAGGCCCCUAGGGUUAAACAACACAUUUCUAAAGGCACCAGAAGACUCGCGUGGAAUCAUCCCUGGGGAUCAUUAUACAACAGGCUGGGCUUUUGAUAUUGGUGAAUCAGUGGCUACCGGGAACAUGUACGCCUCGGCUAAGGAUGUAUCUACACUGGGCCGGGCAAUCCUCAGUCAUAAGCUGCUCUCGCCUGUAUCUACAAGGCGAUGGCUUAAGCCCUUCGCUUUCUCAUCCGACCCACUCGCCAUGGUCGGAAUGCCUUGGGGAGCCAGGAGAAUCAAGCUAGAAGACACAUAUCGAUAUACUACGGCUUUCAACAAAGCCGGAAAUAUCGGAGACUACAGCGCUCUAUUGGCCAUUCUACCAGACUUCGACAUAGGAAUAACCAUCCUUUUGGCUGGUGAGCUUCCGGGAAAUGCGGGUUUUAGUCUUGCCGACACCAUCGGAGAGCAAUUUCUCCCCGCGAUAGAAGAGGCCGCCCGUGCUGAAGCAGGAGCCCAAUACAGCGGACACUAUGUUUAUCCCAGCAACAAGAUAAAUUCGUCGAUGACCAUCACUACCGAUAAACUCCCCGGAUUAAGCAUAUCCCAAUGGUUCAGCAACGGAACAGACUUUGCUUGGAUCGCAACAGUGUUGCAAAACCAGUAUUCGCCGGUCACGCCUCGUAUCAGGCUUUACCCAAGCGGCCUCGAGGGACCGGCUGAAAAUGGCGGGAAGCGUGUGGCCUUUAAAGCGAUGUUUGAAGAUGCGGACGCUCCUAGGAAUAACAAUAAGAUGUUCUCAACCGAAUGUGGGACGUGGGUGUCCAUUGAGUCCGUCAUAUACGGGUCGGCAGCUAUGGAUGAGUUGAUUUUCAAUGUGGAUUCUAGUGGGAAAGUUAUUAGCGUCACGUCGCCGUCGUUGAGAGUUACUUUGAAUAAGGAGUAG